CCUGAAUGAGAAUGUGUUAAAAGUUCUCCUGUGAUGUGUCCCAGAAAGCUAGGUGCCACCUGUUGCUUCUCUUCUCUCAUAACGCAACUCAAAAGUGUCAAGAACCUUUUUCAAAGAACCAUGGAUCUGUUUGGGGCAAACGGCUCAGAACAGGGAGCAACUCCUCAGGACGGGAACACCAUCAGCGGAGCCGGCCUCCAGUUUGGGAAGAUGCGGCGCCAUGCACGCUUGUCCCAGUCAGAGAACCAGAGCUCUGGGCCUGAAGAGUGCUUGAGCUCCUCCGUGGAGAUGGGCAGCUCAUAUGGCCGAAGCCCUGCCCUUCAGAGCACGCAUGGAGGGCAUGCAAGGAGCCCCAACACCAGGGGCCCAUGGAAUGCCCACACAACACGCCCCCAGCAGGAUGGCACCCAGGUCCCCAUAGUGAAGUCUUCCGGCACCCCUCACCGCCGCUACAGCAGAGGCCGCAAUCGCACCUCGUCUGAGACAGAGAAGGGCGGCAGAGGCAGCAGGGAGCCCAAGGCCAGGAAGAGGGGCAUCUCUGGGAGUGAGAACACCAAAAUGAGUGGACUGCAGUGCCUGGCCUCGGAGAAUGUCUGGUUUGACAAGCACCGCUACGAUGAGUCCGAGAAGAAAUUCUACGAGGGCUUGAACGGACCCGCCCCCAAGCAACAACAGGUGAAAAGCUCCCUGCAGCAGGCCAAAGGGCGCCCGCAAAAACGUCAGCACAGAAAUUCUUCCUCACAUUCAGCUGGAGACCAGGAGCUGAUUGCAUGCAUGAAGAGCCUGGAAUUGGAGAACCAGUCUUUGCACAAAGUGGUGGGGGACAUGAGGGCCGCCCUGCAGAAACUGGAGUUAAGAGUGGCUCAGCUGGAGAAGAACCCUGCAUCAGCCCCCGUACCCGCAGUCAAGGCCACGCCCAUCCAGGUUGCCCCAGCCGGAAAGGUUGUGGUGGAAGAGAAUGACGACAGCGACAACGAUGUCGACUUGUUCGGUAGUGACGACGACGAAGAUGAGGAGGCGGCUCGUCUCAAGCAGGAACGUGUGGAGGCGUAUGCCGCCAAGAAGGCCAAUAAACCCGUCUUGAUCGCCAAGUCAUCAAUCUUAUUGGACGUGAAGCCCUGGGAUGACGAGACAGACAUGACCAAGCUGGAGGAGUGCGUCCGCUCGGUGCAGAUGGACGGGCUCCUGUGGGGGGCAUCCAAGCUGGUGCCAGUGGGCUACGGCAUCAAGAAGCUGCAGAUCAACUGUGUGGUAGAGGAUGAUAAAGUGGGCACAGACAUCUUGGAAGAGGAGCUUACCAAGUUUGAGGACUAUGUCCAAAGUGUCGACGUUGCUGCCUUCAAUAAGAUCUGAACAAAAUGCUGCUCGAUGGUACAUGAAAUUAAAAUGUAAAAAAUCCCUGA